AUGCAAGUUACAACGGGAAGGUAUCACACGUUGCUAAUAAACAACUCAAAGGUUUACUCUUGUGGUUCUAGUUUGUCUGGUGUGCUUGCUCAUGGUCCAGAAACUACUCAAUGUGUAGCAUUUACUCCUAUAGAGUUUCCUUUCUCUGCUAAAGUUGCUCAGGUCUCAGCAACACAGAACCAUUCUGCUUUCGUGUUGCAAUCUGGAGAGGUUCUUACAUGUGGGGAUAAUUCAUCGCAUUGCUGUGGUCACUUAGAUAUUAGCCGUCCAAUAUUUAGGCCUAAGCUUGUUGAGGCCUUGAAGGGAACUCCUUGUAAGCAGGUUGCUGCGGGGCUGCACUUCACUGUGUUUCUAUCAAGGGAAGGGAGUGUGUUCACAUGUGGUUCAAACACACAUGGACAGCUUGGUCAUGGCGAUACCUUGGACAGUCCAGUACCCAAACCUGUUGAAUUUUUUCAAAGCACUGGCCCUGUGGUGCAAAUUGCAACUGGACCGAGCUAUGUUCUUGCUGUGACACAGGAUGGUUCGGUUUACUCCUUUGGCUCUGGUUCUAGCUUCUGUCUUGGUCAUGGAGAGCAACAAGACGAGCAUCAGCCGCGUGUUGUUCAGGCUUUUAAAAGAAAAGGUAUUCAUAUUCUCCGUGUCUCUGCAGGGGAUGAACAUGCCGUGGCACUUGACUCUAAUGGCCGUGUAUACACAUGGGGUAAAGGUUACUGCGGUGCUCUAGGUCAUGGAGAUGAAAACGACAAGAUUAUUCCUCAGGUUUUAGUCAGUCUCAACAACUGCCUUGCUGUCCAAGUCUGUGCAAGAAAGAGGAAGACCUUUGUGUUAGUGGAAGGUGGAGUGUUGUAUGGGUUUGGGUGGAUGGGAUUUGGAAGCUUAGGUUUCCCGGACAGAGGAGUUUCAGACAAGGUCUUGAGGCCAAGAGUGUUGGAGAGUCUGAAGCCACACCGUGUCUCUCAAGUUAGCACUGGUUUGUAUCACACCAUUGUGGUCACUGAAGGUGGACGAAUUUUCGGUUUUGGAGAUAAUGAAAGAACACAGCUUGGUCAUGACUCGCUACGUACCUGCUUGGAACCUACAGAGAUCUUUCUCCAUUGUGGCCGUUCUCGUAGCCGAGUUUGUUGA